AUGUAUGUUGGAGUUAUUGAUUCUGGCGACGUAGACCGCAUGUCUGCCGCUCUUAAAGAGUUGCAAGACGCGCUGUUCCACAAUUCAGUAAACAACGCGAUGAUGCCGAUUGCCAAGCAGGCAGCGCUGUCAGCUAAAGCCAAAAUUGCUGAGCAGGCGGCUCAGCAGCAGGCGACUUCACGUGGUGGAUCCUUAUUCUCCACAACACGUCACUUGUUGUUACGAGGUGGGAACGCUGGAGGAGCGCAUGGCCCGAGUAGUUGUGGCAGCGAUACCGAUCAUGCUGGAGCUGAUACUCCAACGGGUGUCUCUGUUCAGAAGCUAGCCCGCUUCUCGCUCGCUAACAGCCAUGACGACUCCGCAAAUGCGCACCGUAGUGUCAUUAAUGGCGGGGAAAGAGUGUCGGAUGGAUGCGAUCGCACGGGACAUAGCAGUGGGAGUGAUUUGGAAGUUGCAUUUAGUGCUGACAGUCGAAAACGAGGCCAAAUCUCCUCGAAUAGUGGAAGCAACAAUGGCGGCCUGAUGAAAAAGUUUCAGGAUCGCUUUUCUUUCAGUCAGCACUAG